GUUGCACGAUAACGGGCAGCCUGUACAAGCAAAUGAGUGAGCAAACACAAGUAAAAUAACGCGUAACCUAACGAGCGAGCCUGAAGAACCUGAUGGAGAAAUAAUAUACAACAUCCCAUUGUAACCAAGUUUAUUAUAAACAUACGUGGAUAAGACAAUAUAUCAACGGAAUCCCUGGACAAAUGCGAGGAUCUCGUUAAAAGCAGCGAUAUGAGUGUUCUUGACAACGAAAUCGACCAGAGCGAGAAUGGCGCUGGGGCCCUGCUGCCGACCCUGAUGACACUCUUAGGGACGUUUCUUGCCUCGGCGAACCGUACGCCGAACACGGCGACGUAUCCCUCGCUAAUCGGAAACGGAAAUGCGACGCUUCCAGGACUUCUGUAUCCCCGAGAGAGCGAGUCUCGACAGGUUGUAUCGCUGAACGGGAUGUGGGAUUUCCUAGUUUCGCCUCCCACCGACCCGGAGGUGGGGUACAGGGAGGGCUGGUACGAGAAGGACCUGAACAAGGUCGGCAAGCCGAUGAAGAUGCCGGUUCCGUCGUCCUACAACGAUGUGACUACCUCGAGCGCGCUAAGGGACCACGUCGGCGUCGUCUGGUACCAGAGAACCUUCUACACGCCCUCAUCCUGGGCCGAGAUGCGCACCUUCGUAUGGUUCGGUUCAGUGGACUACAUCGCACACGUGUGGAUAAACGGGAAACUCGUCGCGAGUCACGAGCUGGGACACCUCCCGUUCGAAGGUGAUAUUGGGGGGGUGCUGAACCCCGCCGGGAAGAACUACAUCACUGUCGCCAUCGACAACAGGCUCCUUAUAAAUACCGUACCGCAGGGUACGAUAAGCAAAAUAAACACGGACGAGGGAGAGAUCUUCGAGCAGACCUACACCUUUGACUUCUUCCACUACUCGGGGAUACAGAGACCGGUGCUUCUCUACACAACGCCGAGGGUCUACGUCUCGGACAUCUCCGUGAAAACAAGUAUCGACGGAAACAGUGGUACGGUGGAGUACGUGGUGGAAGCUCGCGGUCUGGACCAAGGCGAGAUUCCGAAUUUUACGGUAAGCUUGAUAGACGCGGACGGUCUUGUAGUCGCAGAAGAAUCGGGCAAGGUGAUAUCGGGGAGGCUCAAGGUACCUUCCGCGAAUCUUUGGUGGGGCAGGGAUAUGGGAUACGAGCCUGGGUACCUCUACACGCUAGAGGUGCGGGUCUCGGUGACGAAUACAUCCGGGCAGGAUGUCUACCGGCUUCCAGUCGGCAUCAGGACCAUAACCUGGACCAAUACCAGCCUCCUUCUGAACGGCAAACCCGUCUACUUCCGCGGUUUCGGUCGCCACGAAGACUCCUUCAUCAGGGGACGCGCUCUUGACCUUCCAACCAUGACCAGAGACUACGAACUCCUCAAGUGGGUCGGCGCAAACGGAUACAGAACGAGCCACUACCCUUACAGCGAGGAAGUUCUCGACGAGGCAGACAGGCAGGGCUUCCUCAUAAUCGACGAAUGUCCCGCGGUGAAUAUUGAAAACUUUUCUACGCCGCUGCUAGAACUCCACAAACGAUCGCUGUCGGAACUCAUUAGACGGGACAAGAACCGCCCCUCGGUUGUCGUGUGGUCCAUUGCGAACGAGCCGAGGUCGCAGUACAAUGCCGCCUCGGAUUACUUCCGCCAAAUAGCCGAGCAUACGAGAUCUCUAGAUCUCACAAGACCCAUCACACUCGCUAUAGCACAGAGUGUCCAGGCAGACAAGUCGGCUCCGUAUUUAGACAUAAUAAGUUUCAACCGGUACAAUGCAUGGUACAGUCAUCCGGGAAGAUUGGACAUGAUAGACAUUUUGGUCGAAGCUGAGGCCACUGCGUGGAACGAGAAAUACAACAAGCCUGUCAUAAUGACUGAAUACGGAGCAGACACGAUGCCCGGUCUUCAUGAGUUACCUGCGUACAUAUGGAGCGAAGAUUAUCAGACGGAGUUAAUGUCGAGGCACUUUAAGGCGUUCGAUCGUCUGAGAAAGAAGGGAUUCUUUAUCGGGGAGUUCAUAUGGAAUUUUGCUGAUUUCAGAACGGCACAGACCUACACCAGAGUCGGUGGAAACAAAAAGGGAAUAUUUACAAGAGACAGGCAACCGAAAGAAGUUGCACAUCUCGUACGCAAGAGGUAUUUUUCUCUGGCUGCUGAACAAUACAAUGUGUUGAUUCCAAAGGACUUGGCAUUAUACGUAUCUUCAACACAUGCAGGGCGGUCAGAACUUUAGAAAGGUCCUUAUGACGGAAUAAGAGAGUACGAAUUUUUACAGAGUAAAAAAACAGAUAGCUAUGAGUGGUAAUUCAUCUCGAUGAUGAAGGGAAAGAAUAUACAAACUGAACUAAUACAAACGUUAGGUGCAACGAAGAAGCGAAUUCACAAACGAAAUAAAACUAGAUGAAAGUCGAUUUGAUACAUCAGGCAAACCUAACGUGAUUAUAGCGGAUUAAGGAAUAUUGUACACUCUGCCAAACCCACUAUUUUUAGUCAAAAUAAGUAUCGUGGAUGUAAAGGAAAGAAGUUCGUAAGAAAAAUUUUCAAUUUUUAUUCUAAUGAUAAUACAUGUACUUUUGUUCAA